AUGGAAGAGUCUCAGUCAAUUUCUGAUUAUUUUUCUCGAGUAUUGGCCAUAGUCAAUCAACUUAAAAGAAAUGGUGAAGAUGUUGAUGAGGUAAAAGUCAUGGAGAAAAUACUUCGCACUUUAAAUUCAAGUUUUGACUUCAUUGUUACCAACAUUGAAGAAAACAAGGAUUUAAAGACCAUGAAUAUUGAGCAACUCAUGGGUUCCUUACAAGCAUACGAAGAAAAACAAAAGAGAAAAAUUAAACAAAAGGAGGCUAUGGAGAAACUACUACAACUCAACAUAAAGGAAGCAAAUUAUGCGAAUUACAAGAGCCAAAGAGGACGAGGUCGUGGCCAAGAUCGUGGGCGUGGACGAGGACAUGGAGGAGAAGGAAGAGGCAGUUAUAACAACUACUCUAACAAUGGAGAAAGAAGUUGGAAUCCACAAGCAACAAGAGGUCGUGGAAGAGGAAAUUCAUGGUCGAGGUGUGACAAAUCACAAAUCAAGUGCUUCAACUGCAAAAAGAUCGGUCAUUAUGCAUCUGAGUGUAGAUUCUCGAAGAAAGUUGUGGAGAAAGCUAACUUUGUAGAAGAAAAAGGCAGAGAAGAAGAAACUUUGUUGCUCGCGUGCCAAAACCAAGUUGAAGAGAAAAGAAACAAAUGGUACCUCGACACCGGCGCAAGCAAUCACAUGUGUGGCGAUCGAAGCAUGUUCGUAGAGAUCAAUGAAGCGACAACUGGCAAUGUCUCAUUUGGAGAUGACUCAAAGAUACCGGUCAAAGGCAAAGGGCAACCUGAUGGAGGUGCAGCCUGA